CGACAUUCCUCAAUCGAGAAAAGCAGCGAAUUACAGUUAUCUCUCUCUUGCUAUCAUACACAAGUUAAAUCUAUAUCUCGUCGAAAUCCCCUCUGGUGAAUUACAAUGGCGGAAGUUCAGAUGGCGGACAAUGCCGAGACCUUCGCCUUCCAGGCGGAGAUCAACCAGCUCCUGAGCUUGAUCAUCAACACAUUCUAUAGCAACAAGGAGAUUUUCCUCCGAGAACUGAUCAGCAACGCCUCCGACGCCCUGGACAAGAUCCGAUUUGAAGGCUUGACGGAUAAGAGUAAGCUCGACGCUCAGCCGGAGCUCUUCAUCCGUCUCGUCCCUGACAAGCCGAACAAGACGCUUUCGAUCAUCGAUAGCGGAAUUGGAAUGACCAAAGCAGAUUUGGUGAACAAUUUGGGGACAAUUGCGAGGUCUGGUACCAAGGAAUUCAUGGAGGCGUUGCAGGCCGGUGCGGACGUGAGUAUGAUUGGGCAGUUUGGCGUGGGGUUUUAUUCGGCGUACCUUGUGGCGGAGAAGGUCAUUGUCACUACCAAGCACAAUGACGAUGAGCAAUACAUUUGGGAAUCGCAAGCUGGUGGUUCCUUCACUGUCACAAGGGAUGUCGACGGAGAGCAGCUUGGCAGGGGAACUAAAAUAACUCUCUUCUUGAAGGAAGAUCAGUUGGAGUACCUUGAGGAGAGGAGAAUCAAGGAUCUUGUGAAGAAGCACUCUGAGUUCAUUAGCUACCCUAUUUACCUGUGGGCUGAGAAGACGACUGAGAAAGAGAUCAGUGAUGAUGAAGAUGAUGAGCCAAAGGAGAAGAAGGAAGAGGACGGAGAUGUGGAGGAGGUAGACGAGGAGAAGGAUAGCGACAAGGCAAAGAAGAAGAAGAAAAUUAAGGAGGUUUCUCACGAGUGGGAGCUCAUUAACAAACAGAAACCGAUAUGGCUGCGCAAGCCGGAGGAGAUCACCAAGGACGAGUACGCCUCCUUCUACAAGAGCCUGACCAACGACUGGGAGGAUCACCUUGCUGUCAAGCACUUUUCAGUCGAGGGCCAGCUCGAGUUCAAGGCCAUCCUCUUUGUUCCGAAGAGGGCUCCUUUUGAUCUCUUCGACACCAGAAAGAAGAUGAACAACAUCAAGCUCUACGUUAGAAGGGUGUUCAUCAUGGACAACUGUGAGGAACUCAUCCCUGAGUACCUCGGAUUCGUGAAAGGCGUAGUGGAUUCUGAUGAUCUGCCACUCAACAUUUCCCGUGAGAUGUUGCAGCAGAACAAGAUUCUCAAGGUUAUCAGGAAGAACCUUGUAAAGAAAUGCAUUGAGAUGUUCAAUGAAAUUGCGGAGAACAAGGAGGAUUACAACAAGUUCUACGAGGCCUUCUCGAAGAAUUUGAAGCUGGGUACCCAUGAAGACAGCCAGAACAGAGCUAAACUGGCUGACUUACUCAGAUACUACUCUACCAAGAGCGGCGACGAAUUAACUAGCUUGAAGGACUAUGUCACAAGAAUGAAGGAGGGACAGAAGGAUAUCUUCUAUAUUACUGGUGAGAGCAAGAAGGCUGUGGAGAACUCGCCCUUCCUUGAGCGCCUCAAGAAGAAGGGCUAUGAAGUGCUGUACAUGGUGGAUGCCAUUGAUGAGUAUGCUGUUGGGCAGCUCAAGGAGUACGAUGGAAAGAAGCUUGUCUCCGCCACAAAGGAGGGGUUGAAGCUGGAUGAUGAAACGGAGGAAGAGAAGAAGAAGAAAGAGGAGAAGAAGAAGUCAUUCGAGAGCCUCUGCAAGGUGAUGAAGGACAUCUUGGGCGACAAAGUGGAGAAGGUGGUGGUCUCUGACAGGAUUGUGGACUCCCCGUGCUGCCUGGUGACAGGUGAAUACGGGUGGACUGCGAAUAUGGAGAGGAUCAUGAAGGCUCAGGCGCUUAGGGACAGCAGCAUGGGCUCCUACAUGUCGAGCAAGAAAACGAUGGAGAUAAACCCGGAUAAUGGGAUCAUGGAGGAGCUGAGGAAGCGAGCUGAGGAAGACAAGAAUGACAAAUCGGUGAAGGAUUUGGUGAUGUUGCUAUUUGAGACAGCUCUACUGACUUCUGGUUUCAGCUUGGAUGAGCCCAACACAUUUGCGUCGAGAAUCCACAGGAUGCUGAAGCUUGGUUUGAGCAUCGAGGAGGAUGAAGCUGCUGAGGAUGCUGAUAUGCCUGCGCUGGAGGAUGAGGGUGUUGAGGAGAGCAAGAUGGAGGAGGUUGAUUAAGUCAAUGAACAAUUGAGGUUUUAACCGUAGAUAUGAUGAGUCUAAAACAUUGUUUCUGGUGGUUGUUGGUGUAAGUGCGUCCGAGUGUGUUUUAUUUGCUCUUUCCUUGUAAGAUCGUUGUAAUGGUGGUGUUGUCUGUGAAUUGCAUCUGAAAUUAUGGUGGUUUAACGCCUAAUAGUGGUAUUUUUCUGCUUUUCUA